AUGUUGAGAUCUGCCUUCAGCAAGACUUUGGCUGCCUCUAGGUUCCAGGCUGCUUCUCUCCAGGGCACGAACAGAUGCUUCUCGGUUUCGGCCGUCCAGCUUGCGAAGCCUCUGGGAAAGCUUGUUCCCGCUGCAAAGGUGAAGGCCAAGGUUAAGGUCAACCACAACAAGAAGGAAAAGUCCAAGAAGUCCGGAAUGACCCCAUACGACUUCAAAGAUGCUGUGAGAACGCUCAAGUUCGAGACCUACGCCAAGGAUCUCUCGGAUUUGAAUCUUUCUGAACUAUCCGCUGCAAACUUGGCUGAACUCAAGGACAAGAUUGUCACCUUCGAGUCUAGAGUUGACGGACAAAUUGAGCUCAUGGGCGGUUACAAGAAAUACCAACACCACGAAUUGUUCAAGCAGCACUGUUCAAUGGUCACUGAUAACACGGUGCAGAUCCACGAAUCGUUUGUCAAGAAGCUUGAUGGCUCCUCGAAAGACAACAGGGCCUGUUUAUUGGGCCCCAAAGGCGUCGGAAAAUCUACGCUUUUGAGUCAAGCUCAGGCCUUGGCUCGUUCUCAAUAUGGUUCAGAUCUUGUCUUGUUGCAUAUCGCUGAGCCAGAGCUCUUCGUUCAAGGUUUCUCUGACUACGCCCUCAACCCAACACUGAAGUUGUUUCACCAGCCAAUGUUCACCAAAAGAUGGAUCAAGAAAUUGCGUGAUGUCAAUGAAGAUGUUUUUAAGAAAAUGCCCUUACUCAAAGACGUCACAUUCACCAACAAAAAGGGUGUCCACAACUAUAAGAAGGGUCAAAACAACCUCCAUGAAUAUUUGGUAAACUGUCACGACUUUGGAAUUGUUGGACCCUCUGAAGCUUUCAAGUUUUUUAUUGAGCACUUGCAGACAUACUCUAAAGACUUCCCAGUUCUUUUCUCCGUUGACAACGUAAAUGCUAUCUUCGAGAAACAGUUCACAAACUACUUCCACAAGGACAUGACUCCUAUUCACUAUUCGGAAUUCGAGAUCGGAAGCUUAAUUAAACAGCUAAUGAGCGGUGAAUUUAGCUUCGCCAAGGGAGGUGUUUUGCUCUCCGAGUCAAGUGACCUUGGUCAAAGCAAAACACUCAAAGUUGGUUUGAAAUUGCAAGACCUGGAUCCAUACGCAGAGGACUUGGAUCAUCCUGAAGCUGUCAGCAUGAUGCAAAACGGUGGUAUCAACACCAUCGCGCUCACCAACUUGAGUAAACCUCAAGCCAGAACCUUAAUGGAGUUCUGGAACGAGAGCGGAGUGUUGCAAAUCAGGGAUUAUGCAACCAAGCCUAACUUCAAGCGUCCUGAGGAUUUGGCUGAAGGCGCCAGGAUCAUGAAGGUUGGCGAGUUUGUCAACGAGAUGGAUCCUGUGGAGAUGUACGAAAAGAAGCUAGAAAAGACCUAUUUCGUUUCCGGUGGUAAUCCUGGUGUGUUCUUGAAGAACAAUGUCCUCAACUACUAA